AUGGCAACUCCAGCAAGAAAGAGACUAAUGUGGGAUUUCAAGAGACUGCAGAAAGAUCCUCCUGUGGGGAUAAGUGGAUCUCCACAAGAUAACAAUAUCAUGCAUUGGAAUGCUGUAAUCUUCGGACCUGAUGACACUGCAUGGGAUGGAGGUACUUUCAAGAUGACUCUUCAAUUCACCGAGGAUUAUCCAAACAAACCCCCUGUAGUCCGGUUUGUUUCACGGAUGUUUCAUCCAAACAUUUAUGCUGAUGGAAGUAUUUGCUUGGAUAUCUUACAAAACCAAUGGAGCCCCAUAUAUGAUGUUGCUGCAAUACUCACAUCAAUUCAGUCUCUGCUUUGUGACCCGAACCCUAGUUCGCCAGCAAAUUCGGAGGCUGCAAGGUUGUUCAGUGAGAACAAACGAGAAUAUAACCGGAAAGUAAGGGAGAUCGUGGAGCAGAGCUAUGUAUAA